AUGACUUGGGCUAUAUUUAGAGCUGCAUUUCUGGAGAAAUACUUUCCUGCAUAUGUCUAUAACAAAAAGGAGAUUGAGUUUCUGAAUCUAAGACAUGAUGAGGAUAGACAUGCAAUAUUUCUAAUGCUAGUUAACAAGUUUCAUAUUUAUGAUGAGGAUAGACAUGCAAGAUUUGCCUAUUACAUAAGUGUCAGUGAUACGAAGAAGGGUAACCAGAAUCGCGAAAAGCCUUAUGUGUUUCAGAUGGCUAAUGAAUGUAAGAGUGUUGGAGUGGUUUGUUAUAAUUAUGGAGAGACUGGUCACAUUAGUACUAAUUGUCAAAAACCUAAGAAGACGCAAGAUGUCAAAGUUGGUGGAAAAGUUUUUGCUCUCAGUGGUGCAAAGGCCUCAAAGUCCGAUAAUCUUACCCGAGGUGCUACUCAUUAUUUUAUAUCUGUCGAUUGUUUGAAAAUAUUAAAUCUCAUUGUAUCUCCUAUGGGUGGAGGAAGUAAGACAUCAAUGGUUAAUCUACCUGUGGUGAAAGAAUUUCCAGAAGCAUUUCCAAAAGAUAUUACUGAUCUACCGCUCGAGAGAGAAGUUGAGUUUUUCAUUGAUCUAGUGUCAGCCUAUAUUGAUGGCACCUUAUAG